GUAGCGACGGACCACAAUGUGGACAACACUACAGCCAUCCUGCGUGACUGGCUCGUCAAGGUCCAAAAGCUCUACCACUAUGUGGAGUGGAGGCCGCAGGAGGAGCCCACGUGAGUUCCUCUCAUGUUCACUUUAUAAACUGUGUGUGUUUCUGUAUCUAUCUGUGUCAUUUAUACAGGAGAGUUAACGCCUUACAUUACAUUUAUAAGUCAUUUAUAGAUGGUUAAUAUGUGAUUUAUAAACUACAUAUUAACUAAUAAUUACAAAUUACGUAUAAACCCUUAAUAUCCUCCUUAAAGACACCUUCAUGUAAAGUGUUACGGAGAGGCACCUUCAUGUAAAGUGUUACGGAGAGGCACCUUCAUGUAAAGUGUUACGGAGAGGCACCUUCAUGUAAAGUGUUACGGAGAGGCACCUUCAUGUAGAGUGUUACGGAGAGGCACCUUCAUGUAAAGUGUUACGGAGAGGCACCUUCAUGUAGAGUGUUACGGAGAGGCACCUUCAUGUAAAGUGUUACGGAGAGGCACCUUCAUGUAAAGUGUUACGGAGAGGCACCUUCAUGUAAAGUGUUACGGAGAGGCACCUUCAUGUAAAGUGUUACGGAGAGGCACCUUCAUGUAAAGUGUUACGGAGAGGCACCUUCAUGUAAAGUGUUACGGAGAGGCACCUUCAUGUAGAGUGUUACGGAGAGGCACCUUCAUGUAAAGUGUUAUGGAGAGGCACCUUCAUGUAAAGUGUUACGGAGAGGCACCUUCAUGUAAAGUGUUACGGAGAGGCACCUUCAUGUAAAGGGUUACGGAGAGGCACCUUCAUGUAAAGUGUUACGGAGAGGCACCUUCAUGUAAAGUGUUACGGAGAGGCACCUUCAUGUAAAGUGUUACGGAGAGGCACCUUCAUGUAAAGUGUUACGGAGAGGCACCUUCAUGUAAAGUGUUACGGAGAGGCACGUUCAUGUAAAGUGUUACGGAGAGGCACCUUAAAGCGGCAAUCAGCGGUAGAAACAAUAAUAAAGCGUAAUCCCCGCCCCUGUUUCGGUAUAAAGCUGAGGGAUGGGGCUGGAGAAAUAUAACCACUCAAAUUCAUAGACAGAGCUAUGGAUGCAAGGACUGACCAUUCAUUAUAUCAACAUUAUAGUUUUAAUCGUGUCGUGAGACUAUAUAGUGUUAGUUCACAUUUACUUUGUUUACAAACAUUGGAGUAAAACAAGCUUAUAUUUUGGGUUCUGAUGGGGUACAACUGUUGAACUAAGCUAACCAUUGAUUCUUGAAGAAUAUAGGCUAAUUUAUAAAUGCCUCAUAUUGAUAAAUUAGCCUAUAUUCUUAAAGAAUCAAUGGGUAAGCCUACAUAUCGUUCAUUCAUUCAUUCAUUUAUAAGUCCAAAAAGUGACGUAGCAACUGCUGAUUGCCCCUUUAAUGUAAAGUGAUACAAAGAGGCACCUGAAUGUAAAGUGUCGCCAGAGAGGCACCUGAAUGUAACGUGUCACUGGAGAGGCACCUGAAUGUAACGUGUCACUGGAGAGGCACCUGAAUGUAAAGUGUCACCAGAGAGGCACCUGAAUGUAACGUGUCACUGGAGAGGCACCUGAAUGUAACGUGUCACUGGAGAGGCACCUGAAUGUAAAGUGUUACAGAGAGGCACCUUGCUGUAAAUUGUUCCCAGAGAGGAUGUACUGAAUGUCCUGUUUGUUAAUGUUUGUCACUCAGAGAGUACCAGGAUGCAGACAGCCCGAAGCAGUGGACCAACCUCCGCUACGCACACGUGAUGAAGCUGCGGCAGGCAGCACUGGACUCCGCGAGAGAGAUGUGGGCAGACUACUUCAUGGUACUUCUUUCUCCGGUCUCCAUGACGACCCCACCCUCUUUUACAGAUAAACAGUUUGCAUCCCAAACGGCACCCUAUUCCCUACAUAGUGCACUACCUUUGACCAGUGGGUCCUGGUCAAAAGUAGUGCACUAUGUAGGGAAUAUGGUGCCGUUUGGGACGCAGUCAAGUCUUUCUCCACGACGACCCGCCCUAUUUUACAGAGACGCAGAGUUCUCCUUUUUAGAACAAUAAAGCAAUAAGAGAACGGCAGGAGUCAUGUUUUCCUAUCUCACUUCUGGUUUAGAGUAAACCAAUUCAUCUGGCUUGGUGAUACUAUUUACCGUUCUGGAACAAACCUGGCAGAAUCUUAGAUAUGACAGCUUUGAGUUCUAUUCUUUCACCCCUAAGCGUAGACACAUUGUCCAGGACUCGCAGGGGUAUAAUUUUGGGACUGAGUGAAAACGCAGAUGAGGUAGUUUUGUUCUUUAAAUGUGCCUGUUGUCUUCAGUAAUGGUGUGCAAUUAGAACUGGGUUAAAAUAGAGCAGCUAAAGUUUGUGAAAGAAAACAAGUACUGUUUGAACCCAGGUCUGUGGCCAACGCUGCCUCCUCCUUCUAACAUUGAUUCUGGUGGCUGGACAUAGGCUGCCGCUACAAUGACAUUGUUUAAAGUGUCUCUAGAGAGGUUUGAUGUUGCAGAGUGAUGUUUAAAGCUGGAAGUGGAGAAAGUGUCUCACUGUUCCCUCUCCCUUCCUUUGCUCAGUUCCAUCACACACACACUCACACGCUCUUCCACUCUCCCCUGUCUAGGUGGUGGACUGUGAUAACCUAUUGACCAAUCCUAAUGUGCUGUGGAAGCUCAUCAAGGAGAACAAGACCAUUGUAGCUCCCAUGUUAGAGUCCCGUGCAGCCUACUCCAACUUCUGGUGUGGCAUGACCUCCCAGGUACGGUACUAGUUGUGUGGGUGGGUGUGUGUGCAUGCGUGCGUGCAGUCGUGUCCUCCCAGAUACUUUGCGUGCAUUAAAGCGAGAGCACAAUCACCUUGAUUGAAACGCUUAGAAGUGCUCAUCAUAUUCUAAACACUUCUCCCUCAUCUCUCUCUUCCUCCUCCAGGGUUACUAUAAGCGCACCCCGGCUUACAUCCCUAUGAGAAAGCAGGUGCGUAAGGGAUGCUUCGCGGUUCCCAUGGUGCACUCCACCUUCCUGAUUGACCUGAGGAAGGAGUCGUCACGCCAGCUGGCCUUCCACCCCCCUCACCCAGACUACAGCUGGGCCUUCGAUGACAUCAUUGUCUUCGCCUUCUCCGCUCGCAUGGCAGGUACUGUUAACAUGUUCACUCUCUUUUGUCCUGUUUAGUAGCUUUCAUAUACAAUACAGCAUGAUAAUGAUUUGGGACACUUCAUUGUGUUUGCCGUCUACGCUCGCAUGGCAGGUAUGCCUACUACUGUCGUUCUGUUUUACAUGGCAGGUAGGCCUACUGCUGUUCUGUUUUACAUGGCAGGUAGGCCUACUGCUGUUCUGUUUUACAUUGGCAGGUAGGCCUACUGCGGUUCUGUUUUACAUGGCAGGUAGGCCUACUGCUGUUAUUCUGUUUUACAUGGCAGGUAGGCCUACUGCUGUUCUGUUUUACAUGGCAGGUAGGCCUACUGCUGUUCUGUUUUACAUGGUAGGUAGGCCUACUGCUGUUCUGUUUUACAUGGCAGGUAGGCCUACUGCUGUUCUGUUUUACAUGGCAGGUAGGCCUACUGCUGUUCUGUUUUACAUGGCAGGUAGGCCUACUGCUGUUCUGUUUUACAUGGCAGGUAGGCCUACUGCUGUUCUGUUUUACAUGGUAGGUAGGCCUACUGCUGUUCUGUUUUACAUGGCAGAUAGGUUUACUGUGGUAAUUCAGAAUGGCUGCCAUUUAGAUCGGAGUUUUCCACAACAGUAAUGAAUAAGAUUAUAUGGACAGGGAGGACCUGAUUCUAGAUCAGCUGUCCGACUCCGAGGCACUUUGUGAAUAAGCAGAGGCUACAACUAUGACGUUUUGCCCCCUGCCCCCAUAUCGCCCCUCUGGAAACUUCUUUCUCAAAUCUAAGGAUCCAAAUCACGUUCUGCGCAUGUGUUUCUUUUGCUGAAUUCCUGGGGGUUUAACGGACAGUGGUGAGUUCCCAGAGUCUGGUUGUUCUAAUUCCAUCCAUGGACAUAGUGUAUGCUUUGUGUAAGAUAACUUAAUACACAUUUGCAUAAAUACAUAAGUGUCAUGUUUUUGUUUUGAAAGUUGAUAUUUUGAGGCGUGACAAAUAACCUCAUCUACAGUGUGAAUAGCCAUAGCAAAGCCAAGUGUAAAUGUUUGUAGAAAACUUGUCGUUAAUAACAAACUUCUCUUCUCCCUCUACACUCUACUCUUCCUCCGUCUUCCUCAGAUGUGCAGAUGUUCCUAUGUAACAGAGAGACUUAUGGGUAUUUCCCUGUGCCACUGCGAGCCCACAACUCCCUGACAGACGAAGCAGACAGUUUCCUGCAUUCCUUGUUGGAGGUCAAUGGUGAGUGUUAUGUUAUAUUGUCACAGGUCAAAAGUUAGUCGGCUCUCUAAUGUCCAUACUAGCAUAUACUAGCAUCCAAAUGGGCAAAACUGGUUGAAAUGACGUCUUUUUGACAUACCACUGGGUUACCACAGGAUGGAUACUCAAUACAUUGCUUCAUUCUAAGUAGUAUGCCAGUGUGGAUAUCGGAACACAGCUGGACGUUGGAGCUUUUCGCUCUUCUCUAACUAAUGUUACUGGUCAGCAUGUGAGAGUUGUUUAUCAUUCCUAUCAUUUUUUUCCUUUCUCACGUUAGUGCGGAACCCUCAUGUGCUGCCCUCGGAGCACAUCCCGGCCCCCAGAAAGAUACAAGACAAACUGGGCUUUGAUGAGGUGAGGAUAUGAGCCAGCUCAGAAUAUGGUUCUGAGUUCCUUAUUGAUCCCUAUCCCCUAGGCCCAUAUUGUCAAAUUAUUUCUAUGGAGGCCAAGUGUCUGCAGGUUUUCACUCCUCCCUUGUACUUGAUUGAUCAAUUAAGGUCACUGAUUAGUUAGGAAUGCCCCUAGGUCUUAAUUGGACAUGAUUGAAAGGAAAUUACAAAAAUCAGCAGACACUUGGCCCUCUAUGGAAUGAGUUUGACACCCCUGCCCUAGGCACUCCUGAAGAUGUGUAAGGAUCUAAUGGGUUUAAGCAAUAAGGCAAUUGCUUCAACUUCUGGUAGGCUGGGUUGAAUUGUCACCACAUUUCAUACACCUAUCCAAUUGUUUUACGAGUGUCUAAGCGUAGCUGUCGUUUUGGAAUUUAUCACUAGAAUUCAAAAUGUCUCUUUUGUACCCUUCAACUAAAUGUCUCCCUCUAUGGGUGUCAUGUGGUAUUGCAUGUAUUGACUCACUACCGUACAGUAAGGCCCAUGUAUUGCGUGUGUGUGCAGGUGUUCAUGAUCAACCUAAAGAAACGGCCCGACCGGCGGGAUCGCAUGCUGAGGACUCUGUAUGAGCAAGAGAUUGCCUGCAAGGUCAUUCAAGCGGUAGACGGCAAGUAAGUUUACCCCUUUUUGAAGGCACUCCUCUCUCUGCACGUCAUAUACUUCAUGCAGCAUUAAAGAUAGACUCAGUGAUGGCACAUUGUCAUACACAGCAGAAGUUGCCCCACUGUUUAUGAUGUCUUUAAGCGCUCAAAAUGACCCCGUUAUCUCUCUCUCCCUCUCUAUUUUGUGUCUCUCUCUUUAUCUCUGUCUCUUUCUUUCUCCCUCACCCCCCCUCUCUCCUGCCCCUCCCUCUUUCCCCCUCAGAGCAAUGAACAUCAGUGAAAUCAAUGCCCUGGGGAUCCACAUGCUACCAGGCUACAGUGAUCCGUACCACGGCAGGCCCCUCACCAAGGGAGAGCUGGGCUGCUUCCUCUCACACUACAACAUCUGGAAAGAGGUGUGAGCAGGGGAAGUGCUACCUGAACUUGCCCAAUAAUAGUUUUGCAACGGUGUUCUCCUAAUGAACACAGCAGGGUUGAGCUCAAUUCUUCAUAUUAUUGAGAAUGCCUCAAAUUCCAAUUCAAUUCUUGAAUUCAAUUUUAAUUUAAUUUUAAUUGAAGUAGUAAACCGGAUACAGAGUUGCAAUUCAAAUUUGAAUUAAAGGAAAUAUAAUUUAAUUCAAUGAAAUUCAAAUGCCUCUUCUAUUCUACAUUGUACAUACAGUGAGGGAAAAAAGUAUUUGAUCCCCUGCUGAUUAUCAGUCUAUAAUUUUAAUGGUAGGUUUAUUUGAACAGUGAUUGACAGAAUAACAACAAAAAGAUCCAGAAAAACACAAUUUAUAACAAAAAUGUUAUAAAUUGAUUUGCAUUUUAAUGAGGGAAAUAAGUAUUUGACCCCUCUGCAAAACAUGACUUAGUACUUGGUGGCAAAACCCUUGUUGGCAAUCACAGAGGUCAGACGUUUCUUGUAGUUGGCCACCAGGUUUGCACACAUCUCAGGAGGGAUUUUGUCCCACUCCUCUUUGCAGAUCUUCUCCAAGUCAUUAAGGUUUCGAGGCUGACGUUUGGCAACUCGAACCUUCAGCUCCCUCCACAGAUUUUCUAUGGGAUUAAGGUCUGGAGACUGGCUAGGCCACUCCAGGACCUUAAUGUGCUUCUUCUUGAGCCACUCCUUUGUUGCCUUGGCCGUGUGUUUUGGGUCAUUGUCAUGCUGGAAUACCCAUCCACGACCUAUUGUCAAUGCCCUGGCUGAGGGAAGGAGGUUCUCACCCAAGAUUUGACGGUACAUGGCCCCGUCCAUCGUCCCUUUGAUGAGGUGAAGUUGUCCUGUCCCCUUAGCAGAAAAACACCCCCAAAGCAUAAUGUUUCCACCUCCAUGUUUGACGGUGGGGAUGGUGUUCUUGGGGUCAUAGGCAGCAUUCCUCCUCCUCCAAACACGGCGAGUUGAGUUGAUGCCAAAGAGCUCCAUUUUGGUCUCAUCUGACCACAACACUUUCACCCAGUUCUCCUCUGAAUCAUUCAGAUGUUAAUUGGCAAACUUCAGACGGCCCUGUAUAUGUGCUUUCUUGAGCAGGGGGAACUUGCGGGCGCUGCAGGAUUUCAGUCCUUCACGGCGUAGUGUGUUACCAAUUGUUUUCUUGUUGACUAUGGUCCCAGCUGCCUUGAGAUCAUUGAUAAGAUCCUCCCGUGUAGUUCUGGGCUGAUUCCUCACCGUUCUCAUGAUCAUUGCAACUCCAUGAGGUGAGAUCUUGCAUGGAGCCCCAAGCCGAGGGAGAUUGACAGUUAUUUUGUGUUUCUUCCAUUUGUGAAUAAUCGCACCAACUGUUGUCACCUUCUCACCAAGCUGCUUGGCGAUGGUCUUGUAGCCCAUUCCAGCCUUGUGUAGGUCUACAAUCUUGUCCCUGACAUCCUUGGGGAGCUCUUUGGUCUUGGCCAUGGUGGAGAGUUUGGAAUCUGAUUGAUUGAUCGCUUCUGUGGACCGUUGUCUUUUAUACAGGUAACAAACUGAGAUUAGGAGGACUCCCUUUAAGAGUGUGUUCCUAAUCUCAGUUCGUAACCUGUAUAAAAGACACCUGGGAGCCAGAAAUCUUUCUGAUUGAGAGGGGGUCAAAUACUUAUUUCCCUCAUUAAAAUGCAAAUCAAUUUAUAACAUUUUUGACAUGCGUUUUUCUGGAUGUUUUUGUUGUUAUUCUGUCUCUCACUGUUCAAAUAAACCUACCAUAAAAAUUAUAGACUGAUAAUUUCUUUGUCAGUGGGCAAACGUACAAAAUCAGCAGGGGAUCAAAUACUUUUUUCCCUCACUGUAUCUAGGGCACGUAUGGGGAAGGGUACAUCUACAGGCAAUAUAGGAAUCCCUAAUUUAUGCGCAACCAGCCUAUCCAUAAAAUUCCCAGCUGCGCCGGAAUCUACGAGCGCCUUAUGCUGGGAAUGUGGGGAAAAUCCAGGGAAAUGUACAUUGACCGUCAUGUGAGCAACAGGGAGCUCUGGGUUAGGUGGGUGCCUACUCACCUGGGAUGGUCCACCAGGGCCAUGCCUGCUGCCUCGAUUCCAUGAGGGUCCUCUCCUGCACCGGCCCGCAGUGUUUCCUCUGCGGCCACAGUUGGUGCAGGAGACCACCCCCUUGCCGGGUCUCUCCACAUCAGCACCUCCAAGCUCCAUAGGAGUGGAGUCGGAAGUGCUGGGGGAUGGACUGGACGGACCCUGAUCCGGACGUCCGCGGGUGGCCAACAGGUUAUCCAGCCUGAUCGAUAAAUCUACCAGCUGGUCCAGGUUUAGAUUCGUGUCCCUGCAGGCCAGCUCCCUACGAACGUCCUCCCGUAGACUGCAUUGGUAGUGGUCAAUCAGGGCCCUCUCAUUCCAUCCCGCGCUGGCUGCCAGUGUCCUGAAAUCCAGGGCGAAGUCCUGUGCGCUCCUCCCUCCCUGGCUGAGGUGAAACUCUCCCCUCCGGCGGAUGAUUGAAUACUGCCCGGAAACGGCGGGUGAAAUCCUCGUAACGUACGGACUCAGCGUCUAUUCCACCCCACUCCGCGUUGGCCCAUUCCAGGGCUCUGCCCGACAGACAGGAGAUAAGGGCGGACACACUCUCGUAUCCCGAGGGAGCCGGUUGGAUGGUUGCCAGGUAGAGCUCCACCGGGAGCAGGAAACCCUUACACCCGGCAGCUGUCCCAUCAUAUUCCCUCGGGAGCGAGUGCCGAAUUCCACUGGAUCCAGGGUUUGAUUGUCUUGAUGGGGGAGAAAUCGGAGGAGGAGGAAGUGUAGGAAACCCACUUCUCUCCCAUCGAUCCAUGGUGUUCACCACUCGAUAUAUAGACGACCCUAAAGCCUGCAGCAUGGUCGAGUGCUGCUGGAUGCGUUCCUCCACCGAGGCGCUGGGAUCGGACGUGCCUGCUGACUCCAUAGGUGGUGCGUGAUUCUGUCAACGUCUGGGUGAAGCGGUCAAACGGAAUCAGGCGCAGGACACAGAACUGAGAAAAUGAAUGGAUUUACUAAACAAAAGUAAACCAUAACAAACCCUCCACGCAGGAACAGCUCACCAAACGACGUAAAACAACGGACAAUCACGCACAAACUCAGGAGGGAAAACAGAGGUAAUUAUAGGGACACAAAUAAGCAUAAUGAGUAACAGGUGUGAUUAAUAAAGACAAGACUAGUGUAACACAGAAACAUUGAUCGGUGGCAGCUAGUACUCCGGUGACGACGAACGCCGAAGCCUGCCCGAGCAAGGAGGAGGGGCAGCCUCGGCUGUAUUCGUGACACAGAGGUAACUCUGGGUUUUCCAUUCCUGCUGUGGUCCUCAUGAGAGCCAGUUUCAUCAUAGCGCUUGAUGUUUUUUGUGACUGCACUUGAAGAAACUUUCAAAGUUCUUGAAAUGUUCCGUAUUGACUGACCUUCAUGUCUUAAAGUAAUGAUGGGCUGUUGUUUGUCUUUGAUUAUUUGAGCUGUUCUUGCCAUAAUAUGGACUUGGUCUUUUACCAAAUAGGGCUAUCUUCUGUAUAACCCCCUACCUUGUCACAACACAACUGAUUGGCUCAAACGCAUUAAGAAGGAAAGAAAUUCCACAAAUUAACUUUUAAGAAGGCACACCUGUUAAUUGAAAUGCAUUCCAGGUGACUAUCUCAUGAAGCUGGUUGAGAGAAUGUCAAGCGUGUGCAAAGCUGUCAUCAAGGCUAAGGGUGGCUAUUUUGACUGGUAGUGUACAUGCAGGACAAACUCUUAAAAUGAAUGGUCAAGGAAAACAAAACCUGUAUGCUAAUAACAUUUAAAGAUAACAUUGACCUGUAUGCGAAUAAGUUAUUAUAUUUAAUUAAUCACUGAAACUUUGUUCAAUUUGGGGGAAAUAAUAUAUUUCCCAGAAUGUAUUAGUUUAACCCUCAAGUUAACCCUGAGGCCUUCAAAAAGAAGCCAAAGAAAUGAAAUGGUUGUUGGAAAUAUAAUUGGCUAUUCUAGUGAUUAUAUAUUCUUUGGUAUCUGGAAGUGUGACCUGUCGGAUUCAAUAAAACUCUCAUGUUCUAUGACUGAGUGGUAUUUCUUUGAAUUGCACUGAAUUAAAUUACACUUCCUGUCACUCAAAUUCAACAUCCUGUAGGGUGUAGCCUAUUCAAUUAGAAUUUCAACUCAUGAGUUGAAUGGGAGUCAAUUCCAAAAUUCUGAAUUGAGCCAACCCUGGAACACAGGCCUGGCUGUCACUCUCAGGUAUAGAUAGUCUACGAUAGUUUCUUUGCGUCGUCUGAAUGUGAGUGUCACUGUUUUCUCUCUGUCUAUCUCUGUGUGUGUUCAGAUCGCAGAGCGGGGUCUGAAGAGUUCCCUGGUGAUCGAGGACGAUCUGCGUUUCGAGGUCUUCUUCAAGCGACGCCUGAUGAACCUGAUGAAUGAAGUGGAGAGCCAGGGUCUAGACUGGGACCUGAUGUGAGUGUUCCAUACACUAUUCCACUAGUCUGACAGUGGCUCCACUCAUAGAGAUACAUUAAAUUACUAUUGUGUUCUGAUGACUGAAGUGGAGAGCCAGGGGCUAGACUGGGACCUGAUGUAAGUGUUCGAAAGACUGUAUAUCAUUCACUAUACACACUGGAUAUCCUCUAGUCUAGGUCAGUGAGUCUCAACCUCUGGUCCGUGGACCGUCAUUGGUCCCUGGGAUGUCGCUGGCCGAUCCCUCAGACAUAUGAUACAGUAUUUGGUUAGUUCUUAAUUGUUAAUUGUAAUGUUAGCAGUCCUUUUAAAAGAGUUAAGAACCCCUGUUCUAGCUUGCUGACUCAGCACUUACUGUCUACCCUUCCCAUGUGGUGUAAACCUUCUUCAACUUUCUCUUCCCCAACUGUUCUUACUCCCAGUUAUAUCGGCAGGAAGAGGAUGCAGGUGGACCGCCCUGAGAAGUCCGUGCCCAAUAUACACAACCUGGUGGAGGCCGACUACUCCUAUUGGACACUGGGCUAUAUGAUGUCAUUACAAGGAGCCCAGAAGCUGCUGAGGGCAGAGCCGUUGAAGAGGAUAUUACCCGUAGAUGAGUUCCUCCCUGUCAUGUUCAAUAAACACCCUGUGUAAGUUUACCCCUCUCUGUCGUACGCUCUCUCUCUGUGUCUUUCUGUCGCCUGUCUCUCCAGGUAAAUCUCAAAAAAGUAUUUUCCUUGAUUCCUUGAGUCCUCUCUUCUCGCCUUCUUUUCAAAGCAACAGCAGGAAACGAAGGGAGCAUCAGAGGAGAAAGAUAUUAUCUUCCGAAGCUCCCCUCGCUCCCCUUCACGGUUUGAGGAGGCGGCGAGGAGAGAAGAGACAAGGAAUCAAGGACAAGACUUGAGAUUCACCCCUUUUCACCUAUUCCUCUUUUCAAUGUAUCCCUUGACAUCUGUAUCUCCUCUCUCUCUUACCUCUCUCUCCAGCUCGGACUAUAUGGAGCAGUUUGAGGAGCGGGACCUGAAGGCCUUCUCGGCCGAGCCCCUACUAGUGUUCCCCACUCACUACACAGGAGACGCGGGCUACAUCAGCGACACAGAGACCUCCGUGGUGUGGGACAACGAGAAGGUGCGUACGGACUGGGACCGGGCCCGCUCGGGGAAGACCCAUGAGCAGGCGGAGAUCAGCACCGAGGCCCAGAACUCUGACGUACUCCAGUCACCUCUGGACAGCACAGCCACACGGGACGAACUA